UAGCUGUAGAGCGGAUGUAGAAACAAAGAAAACCGGAAGUACUUUGCCGACGCUGGUUACACGCUGUUUCCAAGUUUACCUCGGUAGAACGGAGAUAGCCCGCCAAAGGGCCUGCCCAAUUUAAGUCUGAAAACAGGGAGUCCUAGCUGAACAGCAUCACUAAAAAGAAAACAACGCUAUUUCUCGCCUAACCAUAUUGCUCAAAGAGAUACCUGGAAGAUGUCUUUGACAUGUUAUAUCAGUAAUGAGGUCACAGAUCGCCCCUGCAUUUCCCCGGUGUCGGGUCAUAUUUUUGAUCGCCGCCUUAUUGAAAAGUAUUUGGCUGAAAAUGGGACAGAUCCAGUAACAAAUCAGCCCUUAAGUGAGGAUCAGUUGAUUGACAUUAAAGUAGCCCAUCCAAUUCGUCCUAAACCACCUUCUGCAACCAGUAUUCCAGCAAUCCUGAAAUCAUUGCAAGAUGAGUGGGAUGCAGUGAUGCUCCACAGUUUCACUUUGCGUCAACAACUACAGACCACUCGACAGGAGCUCUCUCAUGCACUUUACCAGCAUGAUGCUGCUUGUCGUGUCAUUGCUCGUCUUACCAAGGAGGUGACAGCUGCCCGUGAAGCUCUGGCUACGCUGAAGCCUCAGGCAGGAAUAUCUGUUCCUCAAGCCAGCCCUAUGCCACAGGCUGGAGCAGCUGGCUCAGCAGAAGCCAUGGAACUUGGUGAAUUGAUUGGAAUGUCAGCAGAAAUCAUUCAAAAGCUUCAAGACAAAGCAACUGUGCUUACUACAGAACGUAAGAAGCGUGGCAAAACUGUCCCAGAAGAUCUGGUUAAGCCAGAAGAACUUAGCAAAUAUCACCAGGUUUCCUCCCAUGUGGGUCUGCACAGUGCAAGUGUCCCUGGUAUUUUGGCAUUGGAUUUGUGUCCAACUGACACAAACAAAACUCUUACUGGUGGGGCAGACAAAAGUGUUGUUGUGUUUGAUGCACUAUCGCAACAGAUCCUUGCUACUCUUAAAGGUCAUACCAAGAAAGUUACCAGUGUUGUUUUCCACCCAUCUCAGGAGCUAGUGUUUUCUGCUUCUCCAGACUCCACAAUACGGGUCUGGUCUGUUCCUGAUGCCUCCUGUGCUCAAGUGUUAAGAGCUCACGAAGGGGCAGUGACUGGUCUAAGUUUACAUGCAACUGGAGAUUACUUGCUUAGCUGCUCCGAUGAUCAGUACUGGGCAUUCUCUGAUAUACAUGUGGGCCGUGUACUCACCAAAGUAACAGAUGAAUCUUCUGGGUGUGCUCUUACUUGUGCCCAGUUUCACCCUGAUGGUCUCAUUUUUGGCACUGGAACAGUGGACUCCCAAAUUAAGAUCUGGGAUCUUAAGGAACGCUCUAAUGUGGCUAAUUUCCCUGGACACUCUGGUCCUGUAUCGUGCAUAGCUUUCUCUGAGAACGGUUAUUAUCUGGCUACAGCUGCUGAUGACUCCAGUGUCAAACUGUGGGAUCUGCGAAAACUGAAGAACUUCAAAACUCUGCAACUUGAAGAAGGAUAUCAGGUGCGCUCUCUGGUGUUUGAUCAGAGUGGUACAUACUUGGCAGUUGGUGGGACAGAUAUUCAGGUUUACAUCUGCAAGCAGUGGGCUGAAGUUCUGCACUUCACAGAUCACAGUGCUCUUACAACUGGCCUUGCGUUUGGUCAGAAUGCCAAAUUCUUGGCCUCCACAGGAAUGGAUCGGAGUCUACGCUUUUACAGUCUGUAAUCGGAAUCUGUUUCCAAAGUGUGUAAUUUGCAUACUUGUCACAUUUCAGGUGUGACCCACAUAACACAAUUUACAUAUGGUUUUAAUUUGCAGUCUGUAUAACAAGCUUCCAUCAUAUGUGUACUGCAAUAGAUAUGCAAUGUCAAACAUUUGGGAUGUAUUAUCCUUGUUUUGCUGCUGCUCAAGACCUUUAUUGUGUAACAGCUCAAACUGUAGCUUUUUUUAUGAAUGUGCAUACUGCCAGAACAACAUACUUCUAAUAUUGUGUGGCUCUAAAAGUGUGCACUGCAGCUGUGUAGCAUGCCAGUAGUCUUGAUCACUGCAGUUUAACUCCCCCAUACUUUUUAGUCAGAAUAUCCUUAGUCUCAUGGUCGCUUCCGAGGGCUUUUUUGGGUACUCACAGCAAUCCUUUCUUUCAAGCGUCAUAUUUAGAACCAUCGCAUUCAAAAGUGGAAGUAAACAUUUUUUGGGGUUUUUUUAGUUCCAUUUUGCCCUCCACAGCCUGUAAUUCAGGUUCCUGGGUUCACUCUAAUUUUUCUAUAUUUUGUAUACAAUUUCCUUGGUAUCUUGCAGUCUGACAGGUUAAACCCCAUCAGUUUAUGGUUAGACUGACAGUAAAAAGCUAAGAAAAAACCCAGAAUAAAAGUAUCUUGACCUAAUUUGGCCACCCACAUUCUGGCCUGAAUUGGGCCCACUAAAGUGCCAGCUUUGGGGGGCCCCCCAUGGGGGGCCCUACAGAGAGCCUUUGUAAAAGUAGCACAUCUAUGUGCUCAUUGUUGCAUGGGAUUUUCAAACCUGCCCGAUUGAUGUCUUGGUCUGACAGGCCGAAUCGGCAGCUUUAAUCUACCCAUGUAUGGCCAUCUGAUUGAACUCCUACCAUUUUAUUUGAGAUUUGACACCAUCUUUUCAGUAUACCUUUUCCUCUUUAAGCUCUUUCUUUUCUGUUCUUUUAAUCUCAACAUUUUGUAAUGUUUUUCUUUGUAUUUUGUAAUUCUUAGUAAUAAAACAUGAUUACAAAUGGUGAUUUAAAAGUACUUGUUAAUUAUGCAACA